AUGUCUGAUAAUAAAUUAAAUGGAACUACAACAAUUGUUGUUUUUGGAGCUUCUGGUGACCUUGCAAAAAAGAAAACAUAUCCUGCGCUUUUUGGUCUAUAUCGUAAUGGGUUUUUUCCAGAAGGAACUCAUGUGGUUGGAUAUUCCAGAACAAAAUUAGAUUUAGAUGAAUUUCAUGAAAGAAUUUCUGGUUAUGUUAAAUUUCCAAAUGAUGAAACAAGACAACAAUUUUCAGAAUUCUUAAAAAUUUGUACUUAUGUUUCUGGUCAAUAUGAUAAUGAUGAUGAUUAUAAAAGAUUGAAUCAGAAAAUCGAGGAAAUUGAAUGCCGUGAUAAUAAAAAUAAAACAAAAAAUCGUGUUUUCUAUUUGGCUUUACCACCAACUGUAUUUGUUCCUGUUGCAACUGGUAUUAAAAAAAACGUUUAUACAAAAAAUGGUGCAAAUCGACUAAUUGUUGAGAAACCGUUCGGUCAUGAUCUUGAUAGUGCUCGUGAGUUAGGGAAGGCUUUGGCACCUUUGUGGGAUGAAGAUGAGAUUUAUCGUAUUGAUCACUAUUUAGGCAAAGAAAUGGUCAAAAAUCUUUUGAUUGUUAGAUUUGCUAAUGUUUUUUUUGGUGCAAUUUGGAACCGGCAUUGCAUUUCUAAUGUUCAAAUUACUUUUAAAGAAAAAAUUGGCACAGAAGGUCGUGGUGGUUAUUUCGAUGAAUCUGGUAUCAUUCGUGAUGUUAUGCAAAAUCAUAUUUUACAAAUUUUAAGUAUUGUUGCCAUGGAACGUCCCGUAUCAUUAAGUUCUGAAGAUGUUCGUGAUGAAAAGGUUCGUGUUUUACGUUGUAUUCCACCCCUCAAAUUAGAUGACGUUAUCUUAGGACAAUAUACAAAAUCAGAAGAUGGUACCAAACCAGGAUAUUUGGAUGACAACACAGUACCAGCUGACAGUAAUUGCCCAACAUCUGCCAUUGCUGUAUUGUAUAUCAAUAAUGAACGUUGGGAAGGUGUACCAUUUAUUCUUAAAUGUGGAAAAGCAUUGAAUGAACAAAAAACUGAAAUACGUAUUCAAUUCCAGGACGUUCCCGGAAAUGUAUUCAAAAAUGCAUCACGUAAUGAGUUAGUCAUUCGAGUGCAACCAAAUGAGGCUGUUUACAUGAAGAUGACCACUAAAUUACCAGGUCUGUCAAUGGAUACUGUCAUUUCAGAAUUAGAUCUUACUUAUCAUAAACGAUUUUCGGAAUUGAAGAUUCCUGAUGCUUAUGAAGCAUUGAUUCUUGAUAUAUUAAAUGGAGAUCAUUCAAAUUUUGUAAGAGAUGAUGAACUGGAAGCUGCUUGGAAGAUAUUCACACCAAUCCUUCAUCAAAUUGAACGUGAAAAAAUCAAACCAUUACCAUAUGCAUAUGGAUCUCGUGGUCCAGCAGCUAGCGAGGGGUUUGUUGCCAAGUAUGGAUACAAACGGAGCUCUCAAGAAUAUAAUUGGCCAGAACGUCAGUAA